AUGGGGGUGGCCAAGGGGUCCUUGCUGAAGGAGCAUUGCUUUCCCCUGAAGCCCGAAGCGGGGAGCCAUGGAGGGCUGGAGGCACAUUUCUCCUGCCCCCAGUGCCGGCAGACGGCUUUGCAGAAGAGUUUCCGUCCCAGCAGAGAGCUGGCAAAAAUUGCCGAAAUCGCCAGGCAGCUGAGCCUACGGGCAGGAGGAGGAGGAGGAGGAGGAGGAAGGGAGUUCCUGUGUAGGCAGCACCAGGAGGCUCUGAAGCUCUUCUGCAAGGAGGACCAGCAGCCCAUCUGUGUGGUUUGCGAUAGGUCCCAGGCUCACCGCUUCCACACCGUGGUCCCUGUUGAAGAAGCUGCCCAGGAAUAUAAGGAAGAAAUCCAGGCUCGCCUACAGGCUUUAAAGGAGGAGAGAGAAAAAUUCCUGGAGAGCAGAAAAAACAGAGUAAGGAAGAACGCUUACCUGGAGAAAACCAAAAACGAAGGGAAGAAGAUAGUGUGUGAAUUCGAGCAACUGCAUCAAUUUUUGAAGGACCAAGAGCGCCUCCUCCUGACCCAGCUGGCAGACCUGGACAGGGCCAUCACCAGGGUCCAGGAGGAAGCAGUGGCAAAGGUCUCAGAGGAGAUGUCCCACCUCGACACCCUGAUCUGGGAAAUGGAGGGGAAAUUCCAGCAACCAGCAAGCCAAUUCCUGCAGGACAUCAGAAGACUCUUGAAGAGUUGCGAGAUGAUGAAGUUCAACCCCCCCGUGGAGAUUUCCGCCGAUCUGGAGAGAAGACUUGAGGACUUUGUUCAGAGAAACGUCCUCGUGAGAGGCACGCUGAGGAAAUGCCAAGACAGCCUGAUGUUUAAAUUGCAAGAGCCAACCAACGUGACCCUGGACCCAGCUACGGCUCACCCCAACCUUCACCUCUCCGAGGACCAAAAACAAGCCAGGGGCCAGCUGACACAGCAGGACCUCCCAGACAACCCGGAGAGAUUUGGCUUUGAACCCUGCGUGCUGGGUUGUGAGGGCUUCACCUCGGGGAGGCAUUUCUGGGAGGUGGAGGUGGGGCAGGGGGGCGUCUGGGCCCUGGGGGUGGCCCGAGCAUCGGUCAAGAGGAAGGGACCGAUGAGCCUCACCCCCAAGGAGGGGGUCUGGGCGCUGGAGGCUUAUCAUUCCCUCACAUCCCCCCGGGCCAACCUGCGCCUGAACCCCCUCCCCAGGAGGAUACGGGUCUCCUUGGAUUAUGAAGGGGGGCGGGUGGCGUUUUUCAGCGCAGACGAUGACAUUCCCAUCUUGGUUUAUACCAGAGCGUCCUUCAACGGGGAGAGGGUCUUCCCCUGGUUCAAGAUGGGGAUAGGGGCUCGUUUGCAAGAAAUCACCCAAACCCCACCCUCAGAGGACCAGUCCAUGAGCGGGCAGCUGAUGUCCCCUCUGGACUGGGUAGGGUUCAGGUUUCCCCUCCGGAUCUGUCCUUGA